AUUUUUUUACCCUUUUUAGAGGUAAUGACGAUGAUGUCCGCCAUAUCAGUUAGAUUUCGAAUUUUAGCCAGAGCCGAUGGUUUUGGCGAAAGCGUUUCUGCUGUCAGCGCUUUUUGCAUUUUGGAGCCGCUGUCCUGAGCAGGAAGAAAACGUUUGUUUAUUUUCUUUUUUUGACGGCGGAGGAGGAGAUAUACAUUUGGACAUUAUCGCUCAAAACUAGCUUGUUUCUGGUGGUGGUGCUCUUAUAAUCUUGGGUUUGCCCAAGAGCCUCAUUCUUUUAGCUACCGUGGCACCUCAUAGCCUAUCCUGUUUUACGAUCGAACGCUUGAGCCUCACAGCCAACCAUGGUCGGAUUUUCAAAGAAAAACAAGAAAGCCCAAACCCGGACCGUAGUCGAACAAACGAAACAUGUUGAUUCUCCUCCAAUGUCCGAAGCGAAUAAGGCUCUCUUGCUCAAGUUCGCCAUGAUCGCUCCAGUACUUGUGUUUGUUGAUCAAGCACUAGCACAUUCGGAGGUCUCCUCUUUUCAACGCACCAUAUACCAACUGAUGUGCGUUAGCAUCUUGUACCUCAUUAUCGCACCGACAUCCGAAUCCAAACCGGGCCCCACCUCAUCGGCCAAUAUCGAGUUAUUAGCUAAACGAGGACGAGCGAACACAAUUGUAGCUGGAAACGGGGGAGUGUUUUGGAAGGUCCUCCCAGGUGAGCGGACAAUCUCGGCGCCGUCGGCCGAGGUGAGAGGAAUGCUGGCGAGUCCCAAGCAUUUUGGCGAGUUUCCAGUGGAUCCCUUGGAGGACAUGGUGGUGCCACCGUCCGUGAUGGAUGUGAACGACGCGGUUCGGAGAAGGGCCGGAGAACGGACGUCGAAGCAACGGAAUGCUCCAUCGAUAUCGGCCAGCAGUGUGCAAUCAUCCUCGACUGCAGAAUCAGUCCCACCCGUGACCGUCCCUACUAUGAGGGAGGGCGUCAAAGCUGUGUCAUCCUCAGUCGCGCCGGUCGCAGAGGUCCCCAUUGUUGAAACUGGGAAUUCCCAAGCUCCAGAGGCGGCGCCCAUGCCCAUCAACGCGACGCCUACCCCAAGACCCAUUCCUCCACCUCUUGUACUUCCCGGAAAGUCACCCGUAAUUACCCCGCCAGCCACCCCGCGUUCUGCAACCCUUUCCCCUAGUAGCCGACCAUUUUCCGAGUCGCCAAGCCAAACAGAGACUUCUCGCGUCAUCUCGGAUGCGUCGUCUUUAUCAACAUCCGGACUUCCCCUCCACUAUGAGAGAGAUAUUGAGAUGAUGAUCAAAACCACAUUGCAUCUUGUUAAUGACAAGGUGCAAUGGAAUGAGAGAAGAGAAGCAGGUACCUCAACCGGGUAUCAAUUGAUGCAGCAUAAGAGUAUCCCAGAGGCUUGGAGGUUUGAUGUGGAGGUAAAAGCUUCACUUGAAACAGCUUUCCAGUUCCUCAUGGAUCCAGCAUCGCGACAAAAAUGGGAUGACAUGACCCAAAAAGCUCAAACGCUCCGCAUAUUCACCACUACCCACAGGGAAGUCUCACGUAUCCAAUAUUAUCGCACCAAGGGCGUUUUCCCUGCCGUCCCUCGUGACAUGGUUGUGCUGUACCAUGCACAGCGAUUGGGCGAUGGACGAGCUGUAAUUGUGCAGAGGUCGGUCCAAUGGGAUUGGGAGACCAUACAGGCGGACGGUGUCAAAGGGAUCAUAUCGGAUGUGAAUAUUUGUGGAACGAUUAUAGAAUCUGUUGGCAAUUCAGAUGAUCAACCACGUUGUCGCCUAACGCACAUCCACGACGUGAAUUACCAUGUCAAUCUGGCAACAUCCGUUUCCGAGUUUAUGACUACAAUGAUUGCACCACGAGCUGUAAAACGGCUUGUGGAGGAGCUGGAAAAGAUGGAAGAGCAAGCGGAUGACGCUGUAUCCGUCAUUGAAUCUUAUCAGGACGAUGAGGAGGAGUCCAGCACUCAGAACCCUGAAUUGACCAUUGGGGCUUCUGCCACAAAGAAGCGGUGGAGCCCUGCCCCACGUAUCUCUCUCCCAUUAACACCCGCAUUUGAGAGUAUGGUCUCACCACUAGUUUCUGCUGCUCUGCAAACAGCAGAGGAUAGUACAACGGAUAAUGCCAUCUUGAAAGAUAUUAAAGUGGAUGAGAAAAGCACUGCGCAUCGAUAUGCGGAGGACAUUGAUGCAAUGUUGGCAGACGUCUUUGAACACAUGGAGGAUGAAAGUAGAUGGGAACAAGUGUCAAAGGAUGGUCAUGCGUCGGUUUAUAUCAAUACUUCCGAUAGCGCCUUCAAAUUCAAAGUUGUUGCAGAGAUGACUGGGCCCUUAGAGGCCGUGUUCGAAACUUUGACGUCCCUCCCAACGCGUCCCUCUUGGGACCCUUCGUGUAAGUCCUCUCGUUGCAUCGAGUAUAUCGACGACCAUACGUCGAUCCACCAUGCGGUGUUUGCGGAAGGAGAAGGAAACCCGGGCCAGGAGCUUGAAAGUGUUGUCCUAUCCCAUUCAAGAAGAAUGGAAAGAAAGGGAGGCCUUGUGGGCCUUUUAUGGCGGGUUGCGAAGGAUGAAAAUGGAGAAGGUGACCUGUCGGGGAUCGUCUGCGAACCCCAUCCGACGCAUGCAUCAAAAUGCAUUCUAACCCACCUACUUUCCUCACCUGCUUCAUCUGGGCAGUCAGCGGACGCUGUGGUCCGCUAUGUUGCGUCUAAGACGCUCCCCGCAGCCGUAAGGAGGCUACAGGAGGUUGUGGCAGACAGAUUGAAGAAGGGCAAAUGGAGCCGGACCUCGGCAGGAGGGUCAAUUCGAUAGAUUUUAAAGUAUUUUCUCUAAUAUGAAAGUGCGAUAGUUGGUGAGGGCAGCAUAGUAUUGUACAUUAGGUAGGCUGGGAGGAAAUGCACAAGGUUCAUGAAACUAGUUUUUGUUUGUCUUCAGAACAUACUCUACUAUUACUAUUAUGCACAGGCACAGAAAGAUAAACAGCGUCUUUGCGCCUCUUUUAUAUCUACAUGUAAAACACACACUCGAACAUUACUUACUCACAAACAAGGGUUGUUAG